AUGAUUAGAAUAACAAUAGCAACAUUAAUUGGUUUUUAUCCAAUGGCAUGGACAACAUUAGCUGCAUUAGAUUCACUUAUUGGUCCAUCGUUUGGUAUUGCACUUGCUUCUUUUCCUACAUUUACUAAUUCAAUUCCAAUUGCGAUUAUUGUUGAAUCAAUUGUUGGACUUUUUGCAAAAAAUUAUCCUAAAUAUUAUUGA